AUGAAGGGGCUCGUCGAAAACGGAUGGAACAGCGUUAAGGCAAACAAUGAGCCAGAUGCUAAGAGAAGAACCGUUUCCCAAUCAGAGUGCUUUUACCAGCAUGGUGAGCGAGGUGGGCUCUUGGAAACCCAUCUUGUGUCAGUAGCAGCUCGCGGUAACGUCAAGCUCUGGACGAUCACACUCGUCACUAGAGUGGAGAGAAGGGGAGAUAGCGUCACUGGUGUGCAAGUAGAGUCUGCUGGCGAGGGCGGUUACGAUGGCGGGAUUGGCCCGAAAGAUCAGCUAGAGACUGCCCAGAAAACCGAAGGCGACGUACUCAUCGACUCUGCCCAGUGGAUUGAUCUUCCGGUCGGUCACAACCUCGACGACCAUAAAAACAUUCUCUUCGAGCCCCCAGGCAUAGCCAACUACGACUUCAAUAGCACUUACGACAAUCCCAGUCCGGAUGACGCUGCAGCAUACCUAUCCCCAGACAUCAACCCCAUUUUCUGGGAUGCGGUCAAAGGAGAGGAUGGCAUCGAAAGAUGGUUUCAAUGGACGAGCUAUGUUGGCGGGCCGCAUAAAGGCAAGACAUACAAUACCUCUGGCAUGGCAGCUGCCCUUGGACUCGGCAAGACUUCGAGGGGUCGCGCCACAAUCAACUCAUCCCUCAUCAUGAACUGGAGUUGUCAAGGCAAUUUCAUCCAUUCCAGGCGCUACAAUAUCAACCCCGCCCCUAGUCAAGACGUGCGAGACUACGUCCAAAAGUUGUUUGGGGAUAUUGGCCGUACUGCCAAUCACUGGGUUGGAACCACCCGUCUUGGAACCGACUUUGCUCUGGAAGGUGGUAAACCCGUCGUUGAUCUCAACGCGCAAGUCUAUGGAACGAAAAACCUGCACAUUGUUGACGCAGGAAUACUCAAUGGGAUUUUCACUGCGAACCCGCAAGCUGGAAUUGUUAUUGCUGCCGAGAAGGUAGCCGAAGACAUUAUCAAAUUGCAUGGAUAA